AUAUAGCUGUUUUUUUUAUUAUUUGAAAAAAAAAACUUUGCUUGAUUAUGUUUGUAAUGUAUCAAGCCUUUGCCUUGCUUUAUGAAGAAAGUUAUGAAACACUUUAUGUCUUCAUUGCUCCCUACUGUCUGAAAAACUAUAAUGUCUUAAUGGCAGCAAGUUGUUUGACAAGUUUGAUUUUAUUUGCACUGUAUUCUCUUUUCUUAUUUAUAGCUUUGGUAAGUUAUAGUUUAUAUGUUAGUUAUGGGAUUGGAUUUGCAUUCACUUGUUAUAUUAUUUAUUUAUUUUAGUUUUCAUCUUGCAGAUGUUCCCAAGCUUUGUUUGAAUCUUCAUUUUGUUUUCUAUUAUGCUUAUUUAUAUUUUGAUAUUUCUUUGCUAGUUGAUUUUCUGGCAUUUCAAGAACUUGUUACUGCUUGGGUUGUCAUCUUGGCUUGCCUUGUCCAUGGGUUUGUUACAGUCUUAGUUGCUAGUGAAGCUCAUGCAAUAACUCUGGCUGUUGAGGGUUUGUUAGGAGUUGUGUUUAGAGUGGCUGCAUUAACAGAUGAAGCAAUGAAUGUUGGUGAGGUUCAGAUCACUUCCAGGACUUGUCAUGUCAACCAGACCCAAAGGGAUAUCAUAGAAUGUGAGAAUUUUGUCUUCUAGACAAGUGCACAAAGGAUGAUGAAUUGAAGGAUGGAGCAAGUUUCAUGCAUGAUUUACUUUUGUGUAUCUUGUAAUGUUUUUGUUUUUCAUUUUUGAAGUAAAAAAUGUUCAAGAAACUUUAUUAUGUUAUGCUUUCAAACUUAAGUUAGAACUAAGAUUUCAUGAAAUAGACACAUUCAUAGUUUGAAUUAGUUAUUGUUUAAUGUAAUACUUAUGGUUUAUCAAUAUAUUGAGAAUUACAUUUUAUGAUUAA